AUGUCUAUCGAUCAUCAAACCAUAGACCCUGAGUGGCCUCCAGGAACUGUUCGACUCGAAGAGCUCUCGCAAUCAAAUCAGGCAUCAGAUGUGCUGCUAGAACCAAAGCCCAGCAACGAUCCUAAUGACCCUCUGAAUUGGCCGCAAUGGCGAAAGAAUUUGAACUUUGCUCUAGUUUCUUACUAUGUGAUGAUGGUUUUUGCACUGAUUGAUGUAGCAACGGUAACAUGGGGACCGGUCAACCUCGAACUAGGGUUUAGCUACGCACUGCUGAAUGACAGCUAUGCCGCAGGAUGUGGGGCAUUAUGCAUCGGUGGAGUGAUACUGAUUCCCUUCGCUUUGAAAUUCGGGCGACGACCAAUUUACGUCCUGAGUACUGCGGUCCAGUGUGGAAUCAGUAUCUGGUCUGCCAAAAUGCAAACAGUGGCAGACUUGAUGCUAGUCAACGUUCUAAGCUGCAUUGUCGGAGCCCUGGCAGAGGUCCUCGUCCAAAUGACUGUUGCAGAUGUCUACUUCGUUCACGAAAGAGGUCUCAUGAAUACCAUUUACGUCUGGGUCAUGACAAUUGGAACAUCAUUAUCCCCUCUUGCCGGAGGAUAUAUCACUCUAUCUCAAGGCUGGCGUUGGGUCUGGUGGUGGAUGGUGAUUUUCUUUGGUGCUGGGCUGGUCGCUUUCGUUUUUCUCUACGAGGAGACGAUGUUCAGUGAUCAAUCUAUCAACGGGGUUCCUGUUUCCGACAAACUGACACCCGAAGCACUGGUGAAUAAAAAGGAGACAAUUGAGGAAUCUGCGGUGGAAGAGACUCCAACUUCCCAUGCCGCGGCAAUUCGAGCCGAAGAUGUCCAUAUUGACGAGUCAAUCCCUCGAAAGACGUACCUGCAAAAGCUAGCUUUAUGGUCUAAGUCGCCCAUGCCAUUUGGCCAAUUGCUAAAACACAGCUAUCAGCCUUUCCUGAUUCUCUCCAGUAUCCCAGCAGUAUUCUUUAUGGCUGUCGAAUAUGGAAUCAUGACUGCCUGCACGACUGUCCCGGUCACUACUCUUUCAUCUGUCAUGACACUACCGCCUUACAAUUUUGGCUCCGCCCAAAUUGGCUUAAUGGGAAUUCCCCCAUUUUUAGGCACGAGCAUAGGAACGCUGAUCUGUGGACCACUGAGCGAUUACAUUGCUAUACACCUAGCCAAAAGAAAAAAUGGAAUCUUCGAGCCCGAGAUGCGCCUUUGGCUUUCGUUGAUCUUCACGCCCUUUGUCCCGGCAGGUCUGUUCAUGUUUGGAAUUGGAUUGAACAAUGGAUCGCAUUGGCUUUUACCUGCGUUUGGUCUUGGGCUCGUUGGAUUUGGAGUCGUGCCGGCUUGCAGCUCCGCAUUGACCUAUCUGACCGACUCAUAUACUGACAUUAUUGCGGAUUCUAUCGUUGGAGUGACAUUUAUUCGCAAUCUUAUCUCCACCAUCUUCGUUUUUGCCCUGCAGCCCUGGGUGGAUCGCGUCGGGUUGACGUGGUUUUAUGUUACGUUUGGUCUUAUUUCCACAGUUGUUCUUCUCGGAAACUUUAUCUUCAUUUACUUCGGGAAGAAAUUUCGAGUGCAGGCCGCAGGGAAAUAUCGUCAGUUCAGUACAAAGAGCUUGGCAUAUAUGUAG